AUGGUCUCGCACUCGUUUGAUUCCAAACUAGAUGCGCUAUCGAGGAAAGUCGACGAGCUUAAUCAGAAGAUCAACCAAUUGGACCAUGACCCAACCAGGAAUAGAGCCUCUCCCAACGUCAACCAAGAGGAGCACUCCUCGUCCUUAUCGUUCGGGUCAACGCCAACUUCUUCACUCGUCUCUACGCCAGAUCCAAGGAAUCUGUCGUAUACCCUCGCCGAUAGCGGCACUCGUGUAUCACACGACCAGCAUCCUAAAGGGGAAUACGAAGGGGAAUCGUCGCUUUUCGCUCAUGCCGUUUUCGCGACUCGGUUCCUGCAGAACGCCAUCGACAACACGACCAACGCUGUCAUUGCGCACGAAAUGGAAGCCGUGCUUGAUGGUCUUAGGGCUGCCGUCAAUUCUGGGAAGCAACAGUCCGACACGCUCGAAAAAUUGUAUCCUCACGCCAAGGCGCUCACACCCAGCUUGACCACCCGCAACCUCCCUUUGCCGCCCAUGGACAAGGUAUUCAUGUGCUUGCGCAUGGCUAGGGAGUGCCCGCAGGUGGCUACGUUGUGGUUAGGAGAUUACAUUACACCCGCCCAGUUCAACGAUUUCUUUAUCAAGAUCGCAUCGCAUGGUCCAGCCACUGAAGCCGACUUGAUCAUCGUCCAUUGCGGUCUUUACUGGUUAUUCUGCGAGUGCUCCAAAGUUAUUACCGAUGAAGCUACGAAGCAAGACUACGACUCGCAGGCUCUCUUGUGCGAAACGAAUCUCCAAACUGUCCUUGCCAAUCUUCACUUUCAUCAACCAGCAAAUAUGGACUCCGUCUGCGCCAUGGGCCUAGCGUCGUUGUAUUGCCUUCAAAAGAGUAAAUCUGCCGCAUGGAGCUUCAUCAAUUCGGCCUCGCAAAUGAUCCAAGCCCUGGGUUUGCAACAUAGCACGCCUGCUGGCACAGAUAGCCCUGAAGAGAGUGCCUACAGGCGAAACGUAUUCUGGACUAUAUACAUGAAUGAGAAAAUGUUGUCGCUACGCCUAGGCCGUCCAUCGACCUUUCGCGAUCAGGACAUUACUUUGCCGCGUCCUGGUAUGGAGCGUCCUAACGGGACCUUCUUAGCCGAACUGGCCCCAGGAUGGAUAACUAUGGCCAGUAUACAGGGGCGGAUUUAUGACGACAUCUACAGUCCUGGGGCUCUCAUGCAACCUCCACACAUCCGAACAUCGCGUGCCCAGGCUCUCGCAGCAGAGAUGGAAACCGCCAUGCAGCACAUACAAGACGUCCAUAAUCAUUACGAUGCGAGCAAAGCGCAAGUUCUGGGACUGGAGUACCAUGAGAUAGCAAAGCGAUCCGACCAAGUCAACUGUCUUAUCAUGCUUACGCUCAUCUACCAGGGCAUCGUCCCAGAAAAGCCGUCAGCGUCCGCAUUCUGCCAAGAGUGCAUAGACGCUGCCAGAGAGACCCUCCAAGAACACGAUCGAUGUGUUGCCGUGAUAACCAAAGCGCGCGGAAAGACGGUGUUUCUCGAGACGUACAUUAAUUGGUCCAUCAUCCAGUCCCCGUUCAUCCCCUUCAUCAUCCUGUUCUGCCAUACUAUUGAGACCUCUCAACCUUCAGAUCUAGAGUACAUGAGGACAUUCGUCGAGUCGCUAGAGUCGACAUCCACCUCCCGCGCACAAAGCACAUACGGCAAGCAAUGUCGUCUCUUCAGGGCGCUGUACGAUGUAGCGGUUAAGUACGUUGAGGUCAGAUCCCGCGACUGCACCGGGCAAGCCGAAAUGUCGUGGUCAGAUGCUACACAUGCUUCUGGCCUAUUACCGCCAUACACUCAGUUCACUCCGAACGGUGUCGGAACAGGGCUUAUCGGUGGGCCGGAUAUCAAUAUGGAGAUGGACCUCUCGAGUGCUGGGCUUUGGGAUUGGUUCACCAAAAAUCAGUCGAUCAUGAAGAUGCUUGAGGAUAUAUAA